UUAUGUGGUAACGAAAUAUAUAUUGGUAUUACCAUUCUAUAUCAUAUGGUAUUACCACUCUAUACCAUAUGGUAUUGGGUGGUAACGAAAUAUAUAUUGAUAUUAACACACUAUACCAUAUGGUAUUGGGUGGUAACGAAAAAUAUAUUGGUAUUACCACUCUAUACCAUAUGGUAUUACCACUCUAUACCAUAUGGUAUUACCACUCUAUACCAUAUGGUAUUGGGUGGUAACGAAAUAUAUAUUGAUAUUACCACACUAUACCAUAUGGUAUUGGGUGGUAACGAAAUAUAUUUUGGUAUUACCACUCUAUACCAUAUGGUAUUGGGUGGUAACGAAAUAUAUAUUGAUAUUACCACACUAUACCAUAUGGUAUUGGGUGGUAACGAAAUAUAUUUUGGUAUUACCACUCUAUACCAUAUGGUAUUGGGUGGUAACGAAAUAUAUAUUGAUAUUACCAUACUAUACCAUAUGGUAUUGGGUGGUAACGAAAUAUAUAUUGAUAUUACCACACUAUACCAUAUGGUAGUAACGAAAUAUAUAUUCAUGUGGCAAAAAUUUCCAUACCAUAUGGUAUGCUCUUAUUUAAUACCAAUCAAUACCAUAUGGUACAGUCAAAUACCAUAUGGUAUAACUGGUAAUAACUGACAAAUUUUUUUGUGUCCAAAAAAUAUCAAAGUGGAUAUCAUUUUAAAGAGCACAAUUAAUCUGAUCUAACUGUGCAAAAAAAAUUAAAUUUCGACUUAAAACGAGUGAGAAAUCGUCCGUUAAAUAUUAAGGGAAGGAAAAUUAAAUGUUUUGCAAGAAGAGAGAAGGAGGCGCUGAUGUGGUACGCUCAAAAGUCAGACUCAGCAAUAAAUAGGAGAAAGUGCAAUUUUACUGUACUGCCCUUUUCACAUUUAAUUUAAAUAAAAAAGUGACUGACACGUGGGGACCAUGGAAGGGGUUACUGAUGGGUAACCCAUCAGUUACUGACCUGAUCUGGACCCAAUGCAUAGUAUUGUUGUUAAUUUCCUCUAGCCUAUACGUGUUACUAAAAAUUUAUAAUCACCCUAAUUAUUGGUAUUCAUACAAUCCAUCCAAAACAUACAAGAAGAGUACUGAAACCAACAACCGAAAAGAUUUAGGUACUUAAUUGGAAAUAUAUUCGGCUCCAGAAACAAAAAGGAAAAUCAGCUCUAUAUCUAUCUACUCUCUAGUCUCCGCAGGAAUUUCUCAGCUGGCUCCCGCUUACUGAAUCUAACCCCAAAGUCCAAGCGUUCCCCUUCGUUCCGCUAGCUGAGAACUGCCGGUUUCCUUCGCCGCCGCCGGUUUCCAGACCAUGUCGGACAGAGAUAGGUACGGCGAUCGGGACCGAGCUCGUGACAGAGAACGGGAUAGGGACCGAGAUAGAGAGAGGCGUCGGGAAAAGGAAGAUCGAGAUCGCCUCCGGGACCGAGAUCGAGUGCGCACGCGGUCGAGAACACGGUCGCCGGACCGAACACGAGGGAGACACGCUCGUUCCCGCACCCGCUCACCGGACGAGCGGCGUAACUCGCGCUCGCCAGAUGCACGCGCGCCGCACCGCCGCCACCGCCACCAGCGCACCCCGUCGCCUUCGCCUCCGCGGAAGAGGCACCGUCACGAUCCCGACGAGGAGAGGGAUAAGGACAGGCAGAGAGCAGCGGCGGAUUCUGAUCUUGUAGACGGGAUCUCGAAGGAGCCGCAGAAGCGGACGGACAAGAAGAGCGGUGGGGGAGAUGGAGCGGAAGUAACCGGGGAUGGAAUUGGUGGCGAGAUUGGGAACGAGGAUGAGGUUGAGAUGAUGAAGAUGUUAGGGAUUCCGAUUGGCUUUGAUUCGACGAAAGGGAAGCCGGUUCCCGGCGCCGAUGUGAGCGGUAUCCGGGCGACGACCAAGCGGCAGCCCAGGCAGUACAUGAACCGCAGGGGAGGGUUCAAUCGGCCGUUGCCUGCAGAGCGUAAUCGAUAGCCUUAAAGUUCCUGGUUAGGGAUUCAGAUUCUAGCUUAAUGUUGCCAUUACCAACUGUUUGUUUGUGAUGCAUCAGAAUGCAGUAGUGAACUAACUUCAAACUGCAAUUUUGUGUGCUGCAUUUGAAUCGUAAUGCUUUGAAUUAGGGAUUGAAUUCUCCGAGCUGAGACGUGGUUAGUGAUUGGAAGUGCUUAUAGGAGACUCUGAGCUUAAACGUACGUGGUUAGUGUAGUACUUUGCUUAGUGAAUUAGUAAUGUAACAUUGUCUCGAUUUUCGGCUGUGUUCUGUGUUGAGCACGGUUUGCAGCAUAGCAUGCAUUGUUUCUGUCUGUUGAUAUGAAUCAGCAUUGUAGUCAGGGCCUUUCGAGGAGUGCAGUUCUUGCAGUAGCGUCUUAAUGCUGUGACAUAGUGGCGGUUUUCGGCUGUGUUUUGUGUUGAGCCCUGUUUGCUGCAUCCAUUGCUGAUCCGAACUGGUAUUGAAGUCUUGGCCUUUUGAGUCUGGUGGCUUUUGCAGUAAUGUCGGAAACAAUGUAUUAUCGAUCUCUCUGGAGGUGUCAAGACUCGAGAGGUAGUGCACACCAACAACAGGGAUGCUAAAUGCUAGUAAAUGCAGCUUCGAAGCUAUACUCUCAAUGUUGGCUACAUAUUAUUCAUCAACAUCAUAACUAUCACUUUAACAUUAUGAUUCAUUUUAAAAUGAUCUCAUCUUUAAUUGUAUAAUAACAAUGGACAAGAAAAGAUGUUUAUUUAUGAGAAUCGUGUACGUUUUAAAUGAGUUUUAAGUUUAUCAAAUGCUCGGCUAGUGCAUAAUUGUAGAAUUGAAUUGGACUAGUUGUGGUUUCUAUAUCAUUAUAUCAACCAAAUAUUAGUAGCUAAAAUGAAAAAUUUGAUGAUUA